AUGGAAACAGAGCGACGUAUUAAAAAGAAGAAUACCCGUGUGGCAGUCGGAUGUACUGCAUGUAGAGUACGUCACGUAAGAUGUAACAAGGAAGGUUUAUCGUGCCAGGCAUGUGUAGAAGCAGGUAUUGACUGCGAACGCGCUCUGCAAGUCCGGUUCCGGACUGGCCUUGACCAAUCAGCUGGAUAUUCAUUCUCUUCUAAUCAAGUCUGGGUUCGACCAAGGAAAUCAUUGGAAUACGUUGACGAAACCGAUCAAAUAUCACAGAACUAUAAGGACCAAGACCAAGACCUUUUGCUAAAUGAAGAUUUGCCACUUAGUCCCGACCUCACGGACCGAGACCAGCAGAUGUCUGCGCUCGCUCACAUAUCACCGGCCUCAAACACAUCUCAAAACUUAUCUUCUUCGUCACAAACUAGCCAUCAUGAUUUAAUAAACUAUACUAGGAAUUUACAGACGUCUCAAAAUCUUCGCAGCAGCUCUGAGCUCGGCUCUUCCCCAGGCUCGACCGGUUUUCGCCCUGCAAUACCAUUUACAACACGCGAGGCCGUGCUGAUCAAGAAUUUUACCGAAAACAUGGCUUUAUGGGCUGAUGCGACCGACAUAAAUCGCCACUUCGAGUUGGAAGUUCCGCGACGGUCCUUGUAUUUCCCUGUGCUACGUUACGCCGUCUUCGCGUUUUCUUCGCGUCAUUUGAAUCGAGACCAGCCAGAUACUUCUACUGAGGCAUUAGAAUACUACAAUUCUUGUCUAAAUGUCUUGAUUGAAGCUGUCGACAAAUUGAAUGGACGGAUCGAUGAGGAAACGCUUGCCGCUAUUGCUAUACUGCGGCAAUAUGAGGAGAUGGAAGCGGAAGAUAUGGAAAUGCACCUAACAGGUACAUCCAGGAUUGUCAACUCAAUGUCAGAGUUCGACUUCAACGGUGGUCUCGGCGAGGCCGCGGCGUGGCUCUGUCUUCGACAAGACAUCUAUGUCUCAUUAACGCGACUUCGACCUUUGAGAUCAAACCUCGAGAAAUACCUCCAAUCUGAUAUAUUUCGACGAAACGAUGAUCCAGCCUACGCAAGUAAAAUGGUCUUCCUUCUUGCCCGAUCUCUUGCUUCCAUCUAUCCAUCAGAUUCGUCAUUUUCCAACGAAAACUUGGAGAGUAUUCGACUGGAGGUUGACGGCUGGUUUGAUUCCAAACCAGCCUCUUUUAAUCCAAUUCUAGAAAAGGGCCGAAAUAAGGAUGAAGGGAGAUUAUUACCUGAGAUUUGGGUACUGUCACCCUUCCACGCCGUUGGCUUGCAAUACUACCAUAUUGCCAAGAUUGUUCUCGCCAUGUCUUCACCUGUUGCUACAGACUCAGUCUUUCAGCAGAUUCGUGAGAGCAAGAAGGUUGAGUAUCUAACUUACUCAAAGCGAACGAUUCGAAACCAUUUGCUUCAUAUAGUAGCUUUGGCACACUCUCACGCAAAGGCAGAAAAUGCUCUAUUCACAGCCAGGCAUUCAUUAUCAGUCUGGGGCAGUGUUUUUACUGAGAAGCUGGACCAAGAUAUGGUUCUUGACCUUUUGCGACAUAUACAACAAAGGACUGGUUGGCAAACGGAUUCACUGAGCUUCUCAUUACAGAAACAAUGGAUACAAGACACGAACGAGGACAGCUAG